AACAAUCGCGGGAGCCAUGGAUGUCACGGCUGGGCUUACAACGGACGCCGCGGCUUAGUCAGGGUGGUUUUCAAAACAGAAUGAGCUACAAACACCUACAAUCUACAAGCUCCAACAAAACAAAAACUAUAGAUACAACUGAACUGCUCUACAACUGAAAAACGGAUGCAUGUCUUAACAUAAACUAUGAUAUUAUGUACGUACAUUCGAAGACACACCGUUGAACGUAAACCUGAAGAUACGCCACGAAUACGAGUUUUUAUCAUCCAGCCACUGCCAAGCCAACUGUCCUCUUGAGGUCAACUGUCAAUAGGGCAAAGGCGCCUCCUACAUUAUGUUUACCGAGACGUGGGUGGACUUCCAGAAAGAGUCUCGCUGUCGCUGCCGUCGCCACGAUGCCCUGGUGCCAACUGCAUCGCAUGCAGAUCAGAGCUGUCGAGCGCAGCGGCCGCAGUACCGCGCUGCACCUCGUCCCGGCACCGCGCUCGCCAGAUCGCCGAUCGGCAGCGGACUGUCGCACGUUUCCCGCCAUUUUCACGCCGGCUGCCGCAGCUGACACCCGCUUACGCGCGAAGCGACGCACGCGACAUUCCAUUUUCGAAUUUUUAAAACAUUCCAAACUGUGAUUAUGACAUUCCUUUUUUAAGUUUUCAGUGUUGUGUUCCAUUUCUUAAUUUAAAUGUGGGUAUUCUGUAAAAGAUGUCCCGCGCAUCGUCGUUUAAAACCGUUUUUUAACUAAAAUCUCUUUAAAAGACUGUGCGUGAAGAAAUGACGAAAUACAAGUUGAACAACACAGUGCGGUCGGCGUCUGAGGUGACGUUGACUUCUUACAUGACCGGGAGCACCGACAGCAGGACGGACCGGCCGUACCAGAUCCAGAUGGACACGAACCAGAACGAUACGGUGAACGCGGAGUCGAAUAGGAAUCUGGAGGCGAAGACGUGUCACGUGUGUCCUCACUCCUGCGAGUUUCUGGAGAACAGUGGCAAGUUCGCGGCUUCGCUGGUGAAGGAGAGUGACCGGUUCGGGCUGAACGAGCUGAAGGUGGAGGGCCUGGAGCGCAACGUGUGCUUGUGCGAGAAGUACAACGGCGGCUGCAAGCUGUGCCCGCGGCCUACCACCGGCCUGCCGCUGGGCCUGGACGGCAAGGAGGCCUGCCUGGCCUGCCACGACUCCGCGCCCGACCAGUACAAUCACCCCAAUGGGCUAUACCCAAGCAAAGACAGCGGCAGCGAGGCGGGUGGCUGGCGAGACGUGGGCGGCUGGCGGCGGCGGGCGGCGCGGAGGGCGCGCGCCUGUUGCUCCACCAAGACGCUGCGCCGCCGCCUGCCCAUCCUCAGCUGGCUGCCCAAGUACUCGGCCAGGAACGGGCUCUCCGACGCCAUCGCAGGAACUUGGGAGGACUGCAUCGAGUCGCGUGCCUGCUGCUCCACCAAGACGCUGCGCCGCCGCCUGCCCAUCCUCAGCUGGCUGCCCAAGUACUCGGCCAGGAACGGGCUCUCCGACGCCAUCGCAGGAACUUGGGAGGACUGCAUCGAGUCGCGUGCCUGCUGCUCCACCAAGACGCUGCGCCGCCGCCUGCCCAUCCUCAGCUGGCUGCCCAAGUACUCGGCCAGGAACGGGCUCUCCGACGCCAUCGCAGGCAUAACAGUGGGUCUCACAGUGAUCCCGCAGGCGAUAGCGUACGCGGGCGUGGCGGGCCUGCCGCCGCAGUAUGGGCUGUAUUCGUCCUUCAUGGCGUGCUUCGUCUACACCGUCUUCGGCUCCGUCAAGGACUCCGCCAUCGGGCCCACCGCCAUCGCCGCCAUCUUGACGAGGGAGAACUUACACGGGCUCGGGCCGGAGUUCGCUGUACUACUGGCUUUUCUCUCCGGCUGCGUAGAGCUGCUUAUGGGAAUACUGCAGUUGGGGUUCCUGAUCGACUUCAUCAGCGGGCCGGUGUCGGUGGGCUUCACGUCGGCGGCCGCCAUUAUCAUCGCCACCACGCAGGUCAAGGACAUCCUCGGCCUCAGCUUCCCCGGCGGGAAGUUCCUACAGGUGUGGACGGGCAUGUACGAGCACAUCGGCGAGACGCGACUGUGGGACGCCGUGCUCGGGCUCUCUUGUAUCGUGCUGCUGCUACUGCUGCGGAAAGUGAAGGACAUCAACGUGAGCGGGUCGGGGUCGGCGGCGCCCAGCCGCGCGCGCGCCGCCGCCGCGCAGGCGCUGUGGUUCCUGUCCACCACGCGCAACAUCCUCGUGGUGCUCGCGUGCGCGGCGCUAGCGUACUACUUCGACACGCAGAACCAGGCGCCUUUCGUGCUCACGGGCGACGUGAAGCCGGGGCUGCCGCAGCUGUCGGCGCCGCCGUUCUCGGCGACGGUGGGCAACCACACCUACACGUUCGCGGAGAUGGCGUCCACGCUCGGCUCCGCCAUCUUCGUCGUGCCGCUGCUCUCCAUCCUCGAGAACAUCGCGCUGGCUAAAGUCUUCUCGGAGGGCAAGUACGUGGACGCGACGCAGGAGAUGCUGGCGCUGGGCGUGUGCAACAUUGCGUCGGCGCUGGUGGACUCCAUGCCGGUGUCGGGCGCGCUGUCCCGCGGCGCCGUCAACCACGCGUCCGGCGUCGCCUCCACCGCCGGCGGGCUCUACACCGGCGCGCUCGUGCUGCUGUCGCUGCAGUACUUCACGCCGUACUUCUACUACAUCCCGAAGGCGUCGCUGGCGGCCGUGAUCAUCGCGGCCGUCGUCUUCAUGAUGGAGCUUCACGUUUUCAAGCCCAUUUGGAGAACGAAAAAGCUGGACAUAAUCCCGGCGGUGGUGACGUUCGGCGCGUGCCUGCUGACGCGGCUGGAGCUGGGCAUCGUCAUCGGCAUCGCCGUCAACCUCAUGUUCCUGCUCUACGCCUCCGCGAGACCUUCCGUCAAGGUCACGCGCGCUGUGUCGCGCGACGGCGUGGAGCACCUGGUGGCGACGGUGGACCGCGCGCUGGCCUUCCCGUCGGCGGAGUUCGUGCGGCGCGCGCUGCGCAAGGCGGCCGAGCGCGAGCCGCUGCCGCUCGUGCUCGACGCCACGCACGUGCAGGCCGCAGACUUCACCGCCGCCAAGGGCAUCAAGUCGCUGAUCGAGGACUUCCACGCGCGCGGGCAGACGAUCAUCUUCUACAACGUGAAGCCGUCCAUCGCGGGCGUGUUCCGCGGCGUGCGGCCGCGCAGCUUCCUGCACGUGGCGCGCCGCGACGACCUCGACCGGCUGCUGCUGCAGGCGCGCGCCGCCCGGCCCGCGCUCACAGGUUAAGUGCUGACGAGCAGAGGCCCCGCUGCAGAUCUCCUCAGUUCCAGACACGACAGUAUUUAUUAGUGUGUACAUAGACGACGUGCGAUGUAUUUAUUAGUCUCGUUGUAAGUAGAUUAGCUAGCGUAGUCAGUUGUGGUAAGAGUAAAUAAAAUGUUGAUUAUU